AUGUCUUUCAAUGAGACAGAGAAUAUUCUCCUGUGUUAUCCUUUACAUCCAGACUCUUGUUUGAGAGCUCAUCGUCUCACUGUUGUUAAAGUGACAAUGUACACUUUCAUGUUACUCAUGAUCCUCACAACUGUUUUUGGGAAUCUGCUGAUCAUCAUCUCCAUCUCUCACUUCAAACAGCUUCAGUCUCCAACUCAUCUGAUCGUUCGUUCUUUGGCCGCCAGUGACUGUCUGCUGGGUUCACUGGUGAUGCCCUACAGUAUGGUGCGAUCUGUCGAGGGUUGCUGGUUUUUGGGAGAUGUUGUUUGUAAAGUGCAUUUUAGUUUGGACAUGGCUUUUUGUAUCUCUUCUUUAAUACAUCUUAGUUUAAUAUCUAUUGAUAGAUACUGGGCCAUCUGUGACCCUCUGAAGUACAGAAUUAGGAUCACAAACAACACUGUGACUGUAUUUAUCACCUUCACGUGGAUCUUUUCAUUUGUGUACAGUUUUAGCAUUGUGUUUUCAGGGGUGAAUGCUGUUGGAUUGGAAACACUCAUUAUGCAAGUUUAUUGUGUGGGAAGUUGUGUUCUGUUUUUUAAUAAAGAAUGGAGUCUUAUUUGCCCGAUUCUUACAUUCUUUCUUCCCGGCACUAUCAUGAGCUGUCUGUAUAUGAAGAUUUUUCAUGUGGCAAAAAAACAUGCAAAAGUUAUGUCAGAAAGAGUGACUGUGUGGACUACAGGGGGACUAAAAAAUCAAAGCUUUGCUCAUAGAGAAAGAAAAGCAGCGAAAACUUUGGCCAUUGUCAUGGGUGUGUUUUUGCUUUGCUGGAUGCCUUUUUUUAUUGCCAUUGUUGUUGACCCUUACAUCAAUUUUGCAACUCCAGCUGAUGUUUUUGAUGCUUUGGUUUGGUUUGCGUAUUUUAACGCUACUUGUAAUCCUUUGAUCUAUGGAUUUUUCUAUCCUUGUUUUCAGAAGGCCUUUAAGAUUCUCAUAUUAACUUAUGUCUGUGGCUUUAAAGAUUCAGGUGGCUUGAUAUUUGAUUAA